AGCCAGAGCUGGAGCCCGAGUCAGAGCCGUCACGGAGUCCCGCCACUGCCUGGAUCCCGGAGCACUGACUCCUUCCUCUUCCACCAGCCCAGCCCAAGCGUGAGCUCAGGGACCAUCCACGCCUACCUGACCUGCAAUCCCCACCUCCCCAAGGGACUGACCACUGAGCCUUCCCCAGCACGCACCAUGCGGGGUGACCUUCUGCUCGUCGCCAUCAUGGUCCUCGCCGUGGGGCGCAGCCGUGGGGCUGAGUGCGAGGUGAUGCAGCAUCAACCAGAGGUCCAAGGUGGUCAGAGCAAGCCCUCAGACCUGCCCCAGCUACCAUUGUCCCUGCUCCGGAGACUGUACGACAGCCGGGCCAUCUCGCUGGACGGACUGCUCGGACUUCUGGCCCAGACCAGUGCCGACCCCAGGGAGCUCGCCUCUCCCCAAAAGCGCGACAUGCACGACUUCUUCGUGGGACUCAUGGGGAAGAGGCGCGCCCGGGCGGACUCCCCUCUAGAAGGAGACAAAGAUGCCUUCCCCAGCUUCAGGGACCCCAAGUAUUCUUCCAGUGUGACAGAAUGAGAUCCACGCUGCGCCCUGGGAGCCUCCCGGCCAGCAGCGGCUCCAGCCGGAGCCCGCACCUCCCGCACCGCCCGCCUGCCCCCUCCCGACCCGGACUAAAGGUGGCUCCGGAAGACCCGCGCCCCCCGCCCGCCCCGCCUUCGCCCUGCCUCCUC